AAUCCGUCACGGUUCUUUCCACUGGCCACUUUCAGCACGGGACAGCUCCCCGCAUCUCGCCCCACCCAUAUUACACCACCUCGCAGAGACGAUUGGCGGCAAUAAUAGCUACGCGCGUCUACGACCCUUCAGCCUGUUCUAGGAGGAUUGUGGUUACGCGGUUUGAGUUUUACCCUUGUCACCGUACGCGACUUCCGGAGCUCAACGCUGCAAUAACAAAACUGUUCAUAAUACUGCAUAGCUGUUUGGAGCUGGUAGGGCGUCCCUUCCAACUAAAACUGUCUGGGCAUAAACAGGAUUGGUAUAGGCUAAUGUAGAAACAUCUGCCCCAUAGUCGGUUGCAGAGCGUGAACGGCGUGCGAGGAAUCAAGUAAAGUCGAGGCAACGAUCAGAGCUCUAGCACGGAGGAGAAUGUCCGGAAGGAGUAGCCUACAGCUUUUUUUAGUAGGCUAUAUUUGAUUGGCACCUUGUGUUAUUGAAUAGGGAUGAAACGAAAUCAUCUAUUGUGCAGGUGCCCCUACGCCUCUCAGUUUAGUCGUUGCGCGUAAGCGUUUUGUUUUUAUGAUCAACCGAGUGCAAACGGAUUCGUCACUUGUCGGUAAAGGCGGUCACAUUAUGGCUUUUUUCUCUAUUCACCUGCUACUUCAAAUGGGAUUCGUUGUUGGAUCCAACUAUGGGUACGUAGAAUGGUCUGAUAACGAUAGAGACGCUGAAAUACGAGCGAAGAUCCCGACUAUUUACAGCACUCAAAAUAUCCACAAGGAAGUGCAGCAACAUCCAACUUAUUACCCAGGACCCGCGACGGAGCGCACUGUAGUGGCGCACAAAAUCGAAGAGGACCUGCCUAGGGUGGUGACAUCCUUUCUGCACACGGGAGACUCAUCGGCUUUGAAACAAGUCAAUUGUUCUCGGAGAUACGAGCUGAGUAGUCUCCGCGGUGGAACGCAUGUGGCCUCUCAUUACUCACUCCACGGAGUGCUGGACACUAUGACGCACGCGGCCAACUUCCUGAACUUGAUUUUACAAGCCAACAGGUCGCGAGAGCACAGCCUUCGGCGAGAUAUUCACUGGUACCAUGCGCUGGUUAGGAGUAUUAUCGAGGGGGACCCCAAAAUUCACAGGGCAGUUGUUACGUUCCAUACAGAUGCUCCGACGCCCGGUCCUCACGUUUUUCUUCAAGCGACAAGAACUGACAGGGAAGUGGUCCUCCAGGACCUUUCCAACUCUGCUCAUCAUCGUCUCAAGAGCAGGAGCCCUGAUUCUGAGUGGUUUAACGAGUUCAGAGACCGAAAGAAAACGCACGUGCAGACACGAGCGUCCGACCAAGACCCCAAGUCAACUCAAAAUGUCUACAUUCUAGACAAAAGUCAAAUCAAGUGGUCUGCGCCUUACUUGGAAUGCGAGCAUGGGAAUUUCGUACCACACUGGCUACUCACCUUAUCGGCCGGUUUUUAUGGGUUGAAGUCAAAUUCUGCACCAGAGUUCAGAGGUGUGAUUCGAGUGGAUGUCAACCUACAGGAUGUGGACAUUGACCAGUGCUCCAGCAGUGGCUGGUUUGCUGGAACCCACCGCUGUGACCAGACCAGCAUGGAGUGCACCCCCAUUGGCGGACAUGGAUUCGUGUUGGACAAGUACAGAUGCCAGUGCCGGAGUGGCUUCUACUACCCAAGCAAAGUGGCGCUCAACGGCUUCACAAGGAAAGAGAGCAAUGGUCACGACCCCCCAGAGGUGUCCAGUAAGUGCCUGCCAUGCCGGGAGGGCUGCCCCUACUGCCUGGACGAUGCUCCCUGUCUGGCUCAGGAGGACGGGGCGCUUCGGCUCACUGUUACCACCUUCCAGGGCCUCUGCAUGCUGAUGGACCUGGUCGCCAUGGUGCUGGUCUACCACUUCCGCAGGAACAAGAGGAUCCGAGCGUCUGGUCUUAUUCUCCUGGAAACAAUCCUGUUUGGCACCUUGCUUCUCUACUUCCCAGUGAUGGUUCUUUACUUCACACCAAGCAUGUUCCGCUGUAUCCUCUUGAGAUGGGUGCGCCUUCUGGGCUUUGCCAUAGCCUAUGGGACAAUAAUUCUGAAGCUUUACAGGGUGCUGAAGGUGUUCCUGUCCCGCACAGCCCAACGGACCCCCUACAUGACCAGCUGGCGUGUGCUACGGCUGCUGGGCGUCAUCCUCCUGGUUGUGCUGUGGUUCCUGGUGGCCUGGACCUCGGCCGCGUGCCAGGCGCCCGACCGGACCGUGGCCCUGGUCGACGUGGGCCUCACGGCCGACGGGCUGCAGUUCAGCAUGUGCCUGCUGGACCGAUGGGACUACAUGAUGGCAGUCGCUGAGUUCCUGUUUCUGCUGUGGGGAGUUUACCUGUGCUACGCCGUGAGGACAGUCCCAUCAGCCUUCCAUGAGCCGCGCUACAUGACCGCUGCCAUACACAACGAACUCCUUAUAUCUGCAAUAUUUCACACCAUUCGGUUCACUCUGGCCCCUCUGUGGCACCCAGACUGGAUGCUCAUGCUGGUCUUUUCUCACACACACCUCACCGUGACAGUGACUCUGGGGCUGCUGCUUGUUCCCAAGUUUCUGUCCACAGGAACUCAAGCAAGGGAUGACAUUGCCACUGAAGUCUAUGAGGAGGAGCUGGACAUGGGCCGGUCUGGGUCAUAUCUCAACAGCAGCAUUACCUCAGCCUGGAGCGAGCACAGCCUGGACCCCGAAGACAUACGAGAUGAGCUCAAGAAGCUCUAUGCCCAGCUGGAGGUGUACAAGCACAAGAAGAUGCUGGCCAACAACCCUCACCUGCAGAAGAAGCGGAGCUCCAAGAAGGGUCUGGGCCGUUCCCUCAUGAGACGCAUCACUGAGAUCCCAGACAGCAUGCACCGCCACGGGAGUCACGGGAGCCGGGAGGACCGCGAUGGCAGCGAGCAUGGCAGCAACCGCAGCACCCUCCGACGGAACCCCUUUGACCCAUCCCACUCGGGUCACAAGCCCAGGGAGGACUCUCUGAAGAACAAGGUCCUGGCUCUGAAGAAGUCGCACAGCUACGACCACGUCUCUGACCAAGGGGAGGAGACUGCUGGUGGAGGGGGCGCGGGCGGGGACAAAAUGCCAGCUGGUGAGGGUUCCUUGCUGGGAUCCCUCAUGAGGAGGCAGGUGAAGAAGUCACCUGAGCCCACCCCGAAGGUCGAAUCCACAGAGUCAGUACCCUUGGUCUGCAAGUCAGCCAGUGCGCACAACUUCCCGGUGGAAAAAAAGCCUGUCCACUUGAGGACCUCCAUCAUGCAAAAGUCACUGAGUGUCAUCACCAGUGCCAAAGAGAAGAUGCCCGGACUCAACAGCAAGAAUCAAACCACAGAGGAUACCAGCAAGAAGGCACCCAAAGGCCACGACGGGAGGAUGCUGUCUGAGGUGGAGGAGGCGGACGAGAUGGAGUGCUACCCUAAGAUGAUCAUCAGCCAGUCUGUGGAGUACUCUAAGACGCCCAUGGGCAAGAUGGGCAUCAUGAAGCAGCAGGUGAGCGGCAGCCAGCCGUCCAUCAAUACAGAACCAGGCAGAAACCUGUAUGACCUCUCCGAGGUGUGCCCAUGGGACGUGGAGGACGCCACAACCCCCUCAGAGGGUAAAGCCCAGAAGCACGUGUCCAUCGCUCCGGGAGAGACCACCACGGUCCACGGGGGUGGCGGCACGAGCAACCCCAAGGGCUGUCGCACCCAGCCAAAGCCGCAGAGAGCCGCAGGGGAAUCGCCCGUGGGCCGACGCCGUUCCAGGGACGCGGGGGGCGAACAAGACGAGGCCAAGGAAACAAGGAGGCCCAGGUCUCCGAGAUCCUCGCUCACGCUCAAACCGGAGGGUGGCCCUUGGGCCUUUGAGGAACUGCCGGUGUUGGGCGGCGAUUCAGACUCCAUUUCCCCCGAGAGAAUCCGACGUAAGAAGAGCGUCACCCCCACCGAUGGCAAGCCCAAGGUCCUCCAUUCGGACCACUCGAAAUCCACGGGCAGUCUGCUGCAGCCGCCCACCCUGAUGGUGGACAUCUGUCCCUGGGACUACAGUGAAGCCCCACCCCUGCCUUCCCCCGUCCAGGGGACCUGUUCCAGCCCUACGUCUCACUCCAAGCGGAAACGAAAAGGCUCCUGCUCCUCUAAAGAUAAAGGGGAGAGGAGUGAGAGGGAGAAAGGUGGAAGGAACAGGGAGGAAGAGAAACCACACGGUUCAAAGAGCAAGGAGAGGCGGAGCUCCGCAAGCCGCCCCUUGGAAAAACGCCGUGUCAGCCAGUCCUCGGAGGGCUGCCCGGUUGCCGUGCCGACGUCCGGGAGACGGAGGAGCUCGACAAGAUACCCAGAGGCAUCAGAGAACAAGAGGGCAGAGUCGUGCCCAUUGGAGGUAGAGGACACACCCACUAGCCUAGUACAUACAAAGACUUCUCCUGCAAAAGAAAACCACUUGAGUACUAAUUACAAACAACCAGUGAGCACUGCCAAAAAGGUUGAUGUUUGCCCUUGGGAUUUUGAAGACAAUGGUUUAGAGAAAAGCGCAUGAUAGUUUACAUGAUAGACUGUAAAUGUUUUGUAUUUAUGACACAAAAGCGCUGAAAACAGUUAUAGAUAAAAGAGGUAGAAAAGAAAUGUGCGGAAAACCUUUUGCUCUGAACAAACCCGUGGUGUCAAAGUAAUUUUGUUAAUAAAAACAUGACACUACUGUUUGUUAAAUCAUUCCAAAAAAAGUAUUAAUUCAAUAACAAAGUUGUGUUGUUAGUUGUGGAAUUAUGCAACUCAAAGUCACUUUAUCCUCAAAGUAGAGAAAUCUUAAGUCAGCACUAUUCGCUUGUACAUUUGCUGUUUGUGUUUUUUGCAGGUUUUGUCAACACUCGUCAACACAUUAAAUAUGUACUAUCUGUUGUGAGUGACACUGACCUGAUUCCUGUCAACAUUCUAUGUGAGACUGGUUUAUCCAGGAACGUAUCUGGUGAACUGGCCUAUUUAUGUAAAAACCUUUUUGAUCAUACUGUCGCCAUUUUGUCUUUAUUGUCUUUGCUGUUUUUUUGUGAUGUAGUGGUCAGUGUGUAAAUUGCAUAAUAUUCGUUUUGAAGCUCAGUGCACAGGUAAUGUAAGCCAUAAUUUUGGACCUCAUGGAUUGUGCAAAAGAUAUGAAUUAAAAUUUUUUAUUAAGAGACAUGGGUUCAUAGAUGCAGAAUACCUGCAGUACAUGAGGAUAUACAGUGUACCUUGAGGAAAAGGUAUCUCACCUUUAUUUGGUCUCCUUUCUGUCAAACAUGCUUCAUAUUGUUACUAUUUUAUUUAUUUAUUUAGUUUUUUUUUUAUUGUUGUAGAAUGUGGCAAAGCACAUCAAAAAACGAAAAGAUUAUGUCCAUUCGUCAACUCUCUUCCAAAACAUUUGGGAGUGAAAGUGUAGUAGUUUAUGUUGCCUAUUAUAUUCAAUGUUCAUUACACUUAAAAUGCAACUUAAACCAUAAAGCCACAACAACAAGCUUUAAUGUUUACAUGUGCAUUUAUUUAAAAUAGAUCACUGCAUAAAUAUAUUGUAGCAGUAUUUUAAUCCUUAAAACUAUUGGUUUCCCACUUUUUGGGAUGUUGACCCUACCUUACAUGAAUAUGUACAUCCGGGGUUAAUGAUUGACACAUUUUGACACAUUUUGUUUGCUCCUUUCUCCCAAGCAUCAAAAUAUUUACAUUUUAAAUUUGUGUACGCAACAUCAUUUUACAGGGCUCAUGAACCAAAGGGUAAGGAAGCAAAGUCGAAAGUGGUCUGUAUAUUUUUACAGCUGUGCACGCAUUCCUUUAUUCAUUUUAAUUUUUUUAUAAACCUGAACUCGUAGCUUUACCAUUUGAAAUCAAUACCUUAAAAGUCCAUUUGUGUCUGUUUACAUCCCAUCCUUAAUCCUAAACGGGACCCAUUUUGGUUUCACUUUUACAGUGUUUGAUGGACAGUUAAGAUAUGCCGCCAUAUUGCAUAAUUGAAAAUUCGAACUAUGGCAAAAUUGCAGACACCCAACGAGAUGGCAUAACAUUUUUAUCAUGCACAUAUUUUCCUGCAGAUUCAGAUUUAGUUAUAUUUAAAGUUUAGAAAAAUACUUUUGCCUGCUUUCCAAAUGCAUUGCCAUGUUCAUCAAAAACAAAAUCUAGCACGAGUUGCCAUGGCUCCCACACGUAUGUGUGUGUAUGCGUGCGUGUAUGGCGUUUGUAUGCUUUCUUGCAUGAAUGUUUGUAUGUUCGUGUGUACCAUCACUGGAAUUGCAUGAAAAAACAUGCAGAUUUGUCGUCAUUAUUAAGUCACCCUUCAUUUACAUAGCCACUGUAACCUUUCAUCGUUGUGGAUUCUGUCUACUUCACAGUGCUUCUGGUAAAUGUUGAAAAAGACAUACGGGGUCCCAUUCAUUAUUCACAACAUUUUGUAUGUGACAUACUCUGUUUCAUUUUGUUUUCUUCCAUUUUUAAGACCCAGCUAAUGAAUUCUGCGAUGAUGUUGUAUCUAGUAAUACUAAUGCUUCACUGCCUCUGCAUGACAAUAAAAACAUAUUUGGGCCCGAAGUCUCACUGUUCUUUGCAAACCCUGUUCGGUCAGACUGUUACGAACUGUUGAGUGAACUUGUACCACUGUUGUAUCGUAGGUAUAAUGCUUCGUAACAAACCGUUGCAUCCAUAUGGGUAUAUUUAUAUUGUAAAUUUAUACUGUGUUCUGUUGUAAACGCAUGUACAUACAUACCUUCCCCCUAAACCUGCAAUAAAUAUUUCUAUAAAACUCA